UUUCUUUUUUGAAAUCACUGAGAUCUCUCAACAAGUACUACCAAUUUCUCAAGGAAAAAUGGAGAAAAAAACAGGCACAAAUCAGUCAAUCAGAGGCCAACAUCCCAACUCCGUUACGGUUUCCGCAUCGUUUUUGUUACAUUCAAGCUCUGUUUUAGGAUUAGCAAUUACAUACUGGGUUGCUCAAAAUUUCUUCUCUAUUAAUCUCAUCUCUAAUCCAACUCAAACCCUAAUUUUCCUCUGGGUUGUUCAAAGUCCAAUUCUGAUUUUACUAUACAGUCUCUUACGACAAGAUCCUCAACAAUGCUCUUAUGGGAAGGCAGUUGGGCGAGGAAUCAUUGGUCUACCCAUUGGGGCACUGAUAAUGGCAUUUUGCGGUGUUAUGUUGGGCGCACCAUUUGGUAUUCAGGAUUUAGGAAAGACAGUUAACUGGUCUCUUCUUAUGUCAUUGUUCAGUAUUGUUCCUACUGCUUGUGUUUUUGGGUCAUCAUGUAAAGAUUGGCUGCGCAUAUUUGCACAUACUCAGCCUGGUGGAGUUAUUGAUAUUAUCAUCUGUGUACCAUCUCAUGGUGCUCUUCUUGGAGCCUGGUUUGGAGCUUGGCCUAUGCCACUUGAUUGGGAAAGGCAAUGGCAGGAGUGGCCCGUCUGUGUCAGUUAUGGAGCCGUAGCUGGCUAUUUGAUUGGGAUUGUGGCUUCUCUAGGGUUUGUUCUUGUGUUUGGCGAAAGAAGAGAACUUGUCAAAGAAGAGUGACCUAACUCAUAGCUUAAUCAAUGUAAUCCAAUUACUCUUCCAGUUGAAUUUCAUUUGCCUAAUCCAACAGAUGGGUAUAAUCUAGACAAAAAUUGGUCCCAGAGUGCAAAGGCAGAAGGAAGCUCAACUGAUAUUGGCAUUUACUCACUGCCUUGAACAAGAAAUUAAGAGAUAAUAACUUUCAGAACCACAACGUGGUAUAGUGUUGUACAGAUCUUUUAUGACUAAUUACAUAUACUUUAAUUACACAUGUAUUCCUUGAAGGAGAAUCACUUGUAUGGUACAACUUACUGACAUUGUGCAUAAUAAACUUAUCUCCCAAUUUUGACCAGCAUCAAGGACAUCCCAGUUUAGAUCAGUA